AUGUCCGGGAACUCGUACGAUUUAGACGUCAUCACCUGGUCCCCGGAAGGCAAGCUGCUGCAGGUGGAAUACGCAACCGAGGCGACCAAACAGGGGAGUUGCUGCAUCGGGAUCAGAAGCCAGAAGUUCGCGGUGCUGGUGACGACCAAGAAGGCCGUCGACGACUUGUCGUACUUGACCUCGAAGAUGAGGCUGGUCAGCGAGCAACUGGGCUUGACGUUUUCCGGCAUUACGAACGACGCGAAGUUUCUCUCGCGUGCGCUGUUCAACGUCGACGCGUACUACCAGUACUUGUACCGCCGGCAUGCGAGCAUGCACACGAUGAUGAACGUGUACACUUCGAUUGCGCAGACGAACACAAUCCGCUCAGACCGACGUCCGUUCGGCGUUUCGCUGCUGCUGGCGGGCUACGACGCGUAUGGGCCGCACAUUUUUGAGACGCGACCGUCGGGCGAAGUGGAAGAAUACGAAGCCUUUGCGAUCGGCCGGCACUCGCAGAGCGCAAAGACGUACCUCGAGAAGAACCAGUCGGCAUUCGCGGAAUGCAGUUUACGCGACUUGAAGAUCCACGGAAUCAAGGCGCUGUUGAAGACGACGACCGAAGACGGACAGACGCUGACGCCUGAAAUGCUCGAGAUUUGCGAGCCGUCGUUGGAAGGAUCUCCUUCAGUUGCAGUUCUGAAAUCCGAUGCACACCUGACAAGCAAAGUCACUAAUCUAUCAAGUCGGAAAGAGCUUGAGUAG